CUUCUGCACCGAAGGGGACGGCCACUUCGUCUGGGCUGUCAAAUGGUGGCACCACAGAAGAAGCAGAGCCUCCGAGUGGCGGAGAUGCGACUCCUGUGUCGACUUCCUUUGUACAACGAUCUUCAGGACGAGGGCCAGGUCCAUCAAUAGCAGAGACACAAGUUGUUCAUGACGAAUCCAUUGAGGAAGCUGCUGAUGCAGAGGGAGUAAUAACACCACGAAACCAAGCGCAAGCCCUGUUAUUUACAACCAGUGCAGGAAAGCGAGGAUUUUUGCUUCCAGUGCCAACAUUAAGGCUACUGCUGACGCAUCCUCAACGCCAUCCUUGGCUUCUUUUUCAAGGGGAAAAGGGGCUCAGGGAUGGGCUCAAGGAUGCGACGCGGUCGGUCUAACAGCACGUGAUGAAAUUCUUACGGCACAUGAGAGAAACCUCCAAGCCUGCCUAAUCCUCGCCAUAGGAACUAUGAUCGCUUGGUAUGGGAUCACGCAAGCAGUGCGAGCAUACAAAAUGACGGACAAGUGCAGAGAACUCAUGUUAUGUAGAGUUGGAUACUACUACAAUAUUCACGGAUAAGUGCAGAGAAGAACUCAUGCUAUGUGCCUACUAGUACAUGAUCUACAUGCUUAAGUAGAUUGUAACUACUGCAGAGAGCUCAGGUUAUGUACCGUGGCUGUGGCUUACUAAAACUCAACAUCAACAUCUACAUGCUCUACGACAUUUGAGAUGUAGUCUCCUUAUUUUCCAAAUAUAAUACGAGUCGAUACAACGUUUCAUCUGUCGCAAUCAUCUUCCCUAGUUUCUAUCGUACCCCAUCACCACCGCUUUCUAAGAUCCCGUCGAUUUGGGUUUUUCGAGUACGCUGAGAAUGGAGCAACGAAAGAGGAGAAGGCGCGAUGUAUGCGCUUGAUUCUGAGUCACUCGAGUAAAGAUUUGUCGAGCAUUGUUGCGGACUUGCGACACGUUCCAGGGCAAGUCCUUUGCGCUUCUAUUCUGGUCGGCGCGUUGCUGAUUACAACGGUGGACUUCCGUGUUGUGAACUACUCGAAAGUAGUGGAUGGCACGACGAUACUGGAUGUGAUCGUGAAUACGUUGAGGAAACUAUCUUUGCUGGCGUUAGUGGCGAUCCUGUUCGUGCCUCUGCCGAAAAACACGGAACUCUGGACCAUGGACCCAGACAGCUGGCAUCCGAAACAGCUGACGCCGACAGAGACACGCGCGGGCAUCAGGGAACGCAAUGUAGUUAAGGGAAUAUCUAAUUAGGGAAAAAUGCAUCUCGUGCGAAGUUGUCUGUCAUGAUCUGCAAGCUCAAUAAGUCAAGGUCUUCUAGAAGAAGAAAUCCGCAAGAAAUGAAUUUUGAUUCGAACAAAGAAAUGACUUUUUUUCCUAGACCUCUUCGCUUCUAAUACAGAGGCCUUCACGCAGCAUCAGUUCCACUGCACGGCGGCAAUGCUCUCAGCAUUUCUGACACCUAUGAAUUUGCUGGUCCUCAUUGUGGAUUUCGUCGAGUUCGGAACCGGUGCGCCAAACUUCUAUAAGAACGGACACCCGCAAGCGGACAAGAGAGGCUCCUUUCGCGCACUGAUGAUCGAACAAGAUGAUGAUAAUCUUCAUGCUAUUGCUAGUACUAGUAGUAGUGCAUCGUGGUCAUCUUCAACGACGUUCAGUCGUCCAGACAUCUGUCGCGUGGCGACGUGGACGAUUUCUCAGCCAGGAAAAUUAUGGAGCGACAUCCUGUUCUGCUGGGUCCCGACCCCUUGGGUGUGGUUUGCGAUAUCCGUUGUACGAGUCAUUGUCGUAUUGCUCAAUUUUCACACGGCGCACCGAGUAAUGUUCCAUAUAGGGCAGGCGCGUGUCGGCCACGCCGCGACGAUGAGGAGCUUCAGAUCCGAGAUCUGUUUCUUCAAAACGAACCUGCGGGACUGCAUUCUAGCGGCCAUUGUUAAGGCUACCGCUGCUGGAGCAUCGCCUCAACACCAUCAUCCUUGGUUCAUCUUUCGCUACUUAUAAUGAUGGAGCCAAGGAGGCAGUCAGGGAUGCGAGGACCACGGUAGCGCUAAGAUUGCCGGCCUCUUUGCACCCUACGCCAGCUACGACUCCUAUGCCUACAACUACUACGUCCAGCACGAGAAGAUGAAAAUGGUGGAUCAUUUCCUCGACACUACCAGAAGUAGUACUAGUGGCGAUGCUUCAUCAACAGCGGACAACAUGAUUAUCGAAAGCAGCACUUUUACCUCUUCAGCAGAUCAUCCACCGGCAACUUCGUCUUCGCAGUGGAUGAUUACGGGGUCGCGCGGCCGCUUCUCCUUUCUACUGCAUUGGAACAUGUUGCAGAAUUUGAUCACACGAACCGUGAUUCUGAUUAUUGCCGCUUUCGCCCUGAUCGACACGAUUGCGUUUUGGUUGUCCCGACGAUUCUCCAUGGCCCGGAACGACUUUGAUUACACAGACGAGGAAUUGGCAAACCUCUUUGACGAAAGUUGGGUCCCCAAUGAAGAGAAGAUGGAAAAAAUGAUAUUCACAGAGUUUGCGAACAAAGAAAGCACUUCGAUGACGCAAGAAGAUGAAGAAGACUUAAUAUUCAAUACUAGACAAGAAGGUGGAGAUGCAACUGGUGAAGAUGAAUCUGAAGCAACAGGUGAGGAAGGUCAAGAUGGCCACGACAACAUUCAGGCAGUGAGAAGGCCUUUGGUCAUCAACAGAACUACAGGACCUCGCGAGACACGCGGAAGUAGUAGACUUAAGGCUUGCCCUGCUUGCUCACCACGUAGUUUACAUUGGGUUCUUGUAGAGGCAUCUUUUUUGGCUUCUUUCCUCUACAAAAGGGGAGAAAUCACGUCAGAGUCAGAGACGAGACUUUCUAGGUGGGCACUUUAGUAAGAUGAAUUAGGUCGUAAAGACGAGUUUCAACAUGAAUGUAGGAGUAAGCUCUAAUCGACGCAUCAUAAUGGAUGACGAAGGGGAUGCUUUGGAUGCCCUUGAGAGCGAGAAUCAGGCCAAUCUCCUGCAGCGACAGACGCUCCGACGCGAGAGCGAGAUGUUCAGCGGAGGCGAACAUCGGAUCAGCGGCAGCCUAGUAGAGAACUAGUCGUGAAACCUCCCGUGCAGUUGUAGUUCUCCUCCACUGACUGCACUCUGGACGAACGCGAAUUCUACGACAUGCGAAACUUCUACGACGAGAAUGAGUGCUGUAAUACUCUAACGGCUCUCAUACGUAAGUAUCAAAAAGGCUCACUGCUCCACGAGUCUGAGUAAGUACCUUGUGACACUCUUGCUUCCUCUUCCUUCGAUUUAAUCGACGUGGCGCCAUAUGGGGUGCGUGCCGAGUCAAAUUCUACCGUCGAGGGUUGCCUUCGUUUUCAGUCCAGAAUUGUCGGUCUGUCGUCUCACCAGGUUGAUCAGCGAAGAACAUACAACGGCCUGCCGAAUCAGAGCGAGACGCCACAGAAGCGUCGCCACACUAGCGAUCUACGAUCAAAACGAAAAUACCCCCUAAGAUUUUGGAGCUCGUAGAACGAAGAAGCCAUGCCCAUGCAGUUGCUUGUGAUGCUCCAGCGUCGAAGUUUGAGCUUAACAGUCUGAGUUUGAGCCUAAUAGGGCUUGUUGGUGUUGAGGUCAAAAAAGGCUAACCAAGGGGUUAGUUGUUAAGUUUGUCCCCAUUUUGAUUGUGAUUUUGUCAUAAUUUUUUUUCCAUCUGCCAGCCUGACUGUUCUUCCUUCAAAUUGAUUUAUGUAUUUUCGUUUCCGUUCAACACUACCUAGUACACGACGACACAAGGACGACUUUGCGACAUCCCGCACGACUCGGUGGUCAGGACUAUGAACCACGCUAUAUUUUUUAGACUUUUUCCGCAUCGAAGAUGAAAAGAAGCUGGAACGCUGACAUUUUUGGCAGUACGAGUAAAAAGCACAGG